AUGGAUAGUAGGCCGGUGGUGGAGAUAGUUCUGGAUCUCUCUGCUAUCGGGCCCGACAAAUCUGCAAGCUGGGCUGAACUGAGCAAUGUUGGCAGACUUUGCUCCCGUUGUCAAGCAGUCAACUGGGAACCUGUCCAAAUGUACCUCACUGUUGCUGAUGGGUAUACUAAUUUCCCUAAGAUUCCGCUCUACUCGACCUAUCCGACCCUGGCUCAGUUACGCGCCGCUGCUCACGAGGGCUGCCAUCUAUGUACUCUAAUAAUCGCUUGUCUACUUUCUGCGAGAUACGAAAGCUCAAUAUCAGAACGGAUGUCAGUUCUAGGAGCUCCCGCUUCGUUUAGCGUCAACGACAAAACUGUUAUUAGCAUUGACGUGGAGGUUAUGGCGCACUCCACGCCCGUAUGGUUAACUGUGGGAAUAGAUCAAUGCCCAAAUGCGCUUUUGGGCAUGCUCACUCGUUACAUGCCCGUCAAAGCUGAAAUAGUCAAGAGAUCGUGCCCGAUCCAAUUUUCAUCGCCGGCCGAGGACAUCGCACGCUUUUGGCUUGAAGACUGCUGCGUAGCGCACGAGCGCUGCCAAAGCGAGACGCCCCUGUUGCCAAAGAGAGUGGUUGAUGUGGUAUCAGGUCUUGAGCCGUUUCUGUUUAUAACCCAAUGUCAGCGAGGAAGAUACGCCGCGCUAAGUUAUUGCUUCGGCAAUGGUCCUGUUCUGACUACUACCGGGGAGACUCUACAUGAACGACAAGCAAGCAUAGCAAUGAGUAUUCUACCCCAGACCGUAAGAGAUGCCAUCGUCUGGACACGGCAACUCGGACUUCAAUAUCUCUGGAUCGACAGUCUUUGCAUUCUGCAGGACAGCUUGUCCGACUGGGAAGUUGAGCUGAGUACAAUGGCAGACAUCUACCGAGAUGCAACCGUGACCAUAGCCGCAACAGCUGCUUCACAUGCCAGCAGCGGAUGCGCCCCCGUUCGCAAUAAGCUACAGCUUGCACCAUUCACGCCUCUACCAGGAAUUGUAAUCGAAGCUAAUUUCAAACGCGAUGCAUGGAUAUUUCGAAAAGGCCCUCUUGAAAAGCGAGGCUGGACAUUCCAAGAAAUACAUCUUUCGCGGCGGGUGUUGCGCUGCGGCGGCGAAGAACUCGCUUGGCAGUGUCGAAGCCGCAGUUACUUAGAGAGCGACCCAGAUCGACCAGUUAGCUCAAUUACUAGUAACAGUGAUAAUUCACCACGAACACCCUUUGGAACAAGACCGCUGGACGAUACACGGAACAUGAAUAGUUUCACUGCCUUUCAGAGAUGGUAUCAAAUGGUCGGAGAAUUCUCGACCCGCAUUCUGACUUACCGGGAAGAUAAAAUGCCAGCUUUUUCGGGAAUAGCACGUCAUUUUGCCCAGCUGCUAUGGCAAGACGAGAAUCUCUCGCCAACAACAACGAAGUCGGAGGACAACACGACCGCAGCUCAGAUCAUAGCGGCACCUCCAGACAGUCAACCACCAUUCCGUUAUUUCUGUGGACUCUGGCACGAUGAUUUCCUCCAGGGCCUCCUCUGGCACUGUUACGAGCCCGGCAGCCCUAUUGCCUAUCGUGGCCCAACUUGGUCGUGGGUAUCUUGUGAAUCCACUAUCAUCUACAAUACCCACCGAUUGCGAACUGAUGACUUCUGCGCUCAUGUGUUAGACGUUAGCGUCACGGUUCCCGGUCUGAACCCCUAUGGCCGGGUCUCAUCAGGUAAGGUCACGAUACUUGGGCCUGCGGCCCCUAUACCUUCCAGUGCCUAUAAAGAUGACUCUGGAACGCAGUUUGAAAUGCAUUUCCCCAAUAGCCUUUCGUGGGAUCUUAAGGGAGCUCCGCAGCUAGGCUGUAUUUUGUUCAAACUGCACGAACAGCACUAUUUGAUCUUAGCACCAGAAGCGAGGUAUCAUGCUGGGAGUUACAGACGAGUGGGCUUGCUUUCUCACGAUCCCGCUAAUCUUGCGGUAAAAAUGCUUGAUUGGCAGGAAGAAGUUGUUACGAUCUUAUAG